AACUUUAUGAAAUUAUGUACAGGCAGGUUUCAGUCAUAAAUCUGAAAAGCGGGCCAAAAAAAGACGUUAAGGAAAACGCGGUGCUAAAAUAUUUAAUGAAAAUAGAAGACAUUGCUAUAAUUGACAAUUUCAAUUGAAUGUAACUGUUAUUACUGAAUUGUAAUGGAGCAAUUAAAAUGGACAACGCCAAUCAAAGUCAAAGAGAACAUGACAAUUAACAACAAAAGUCCUGUGAUGUAUAAGACUCCUGUAAAACAAUAUGAAGCAACUUGUAAACAUACUGCGUAUCAAAAUAACAUGGGUUUGUAUUCUGUUCUUCCAAAUCAUAUUACACCGCCAUCAGGAUUAACAAAGUAUAGCAGAAAUCCAUUUGAAACUGAUUUAACUAACAGGUUGCAUUUAUCCAUGAUGAGUCCCACUGUAUUCAGUAAAGUUUCCCAGCACAUCCCAACAUCUCCAGAGUUUUCAUGGAGCGUAGAUGAGCUGGCAUUAAUGCAACCAGCAAAGAUAGAAGAAUUUCCUACCCAACAAAUAUAUUAUACAGAUCCAGAGACUGAAAUAAAAGCUCAAGCAGCCAUUGAUCUUUUUAAGAAGGACAAAAUAAUCCCAAGCCCGUGGGAGAUAAAGAAAAAAGACAACAGAGCUAAAAUUAAAAUAGAUACACCUGUAGAAACCCCGAGCGAUUCGAAUUCAGAAUCAGCUAAUUCUAAAAAAGAUGGUUGGUGUCAAACAAUAUUAACAUUUCCAGCUGAAUUACCAUCGCAUAUUGCUGAAAUUCUGAAACCUUACUUCAAAUUACCCAAGGAUCAGAAUGUUGAGAUGAUGAUGCAAAUUCGAGUAUAUUCAUUGAGAAGAAAGUUAUUCUUUAACCAGGAUGAUUCUUUAGAGGAUAAAGAAGAAAUUUCAGUUUAUUCAUCAUCAGUGAAAACGAAUGGAUCUUUGGUAUUAUCUUCCAGUCCAGAGAGUGGAAUGUUGAUCCAUGGAACUCCAGUAAAAUUUCUUUUGCGCAACAGUCACAGAAUAUAGAUUACUGUCGUGAUACAUCCCAAAAUCAUCCCUAAUAUAUCUCCAAUAUAUAAUACAGUGAAUAUGACUCGCGAAAGUCUAAUUGUAAGAUCACGAUCUCGUUCAGUUGCUCGAUUAGAUUUUACUAAUGACAUGAGCAUAGACGAAUCUUUACAGCGCAGAGGAUAUUCGAGUAGUCAUUCUCUAGACGAAUCACUUAAUAAGAUCGUCAAGCAAGUGGCAGAAAACAAAGUAGAUAACUUGGUAAAUUUAGAUAGUAAUGCUAUGAGUGCAACAGACGUUGAAAUGUUUAAACCGACUCUUACCAGAAUGAUUACAAAUGAAAGUUGCAUGUUUCAACAAACUAAUACAGCGCUAGGUAUUUCAGAUCAACAUAACUCUGUACAGGAUACUGGUUAUCAAACUUACAGUAUGAAUAAUAACAAUGUUACUAAUAACUAUAACGGUACACCGGUCAAACAGAAAGCUUGUUGGGGUGAUCGAAUUUUAUUGACUGAUGACGAAUUUCGUCAUGAAACAAACAUAAAAAAUAUAUUUUGCUCUACACCAUCACGAUCGAAUAGGGAAACAGAUAUAUAUUUUAAGUAAUUGUUUCCUAUGAAAUAUAUGGGUUUUACAUAAGGACUUAAAGCAAUUGUAGAUAUUGUAUUAUAUUUAUACAUGAAUGGUCAUUUUAUUAUUCAUACUUUUCAUCAUAUUUACUAUUUUGUCCUCAUCAUACAAACAUGUUUUGUUUUUUAGGUUGAAAUUUAUAGCAUAUAGACUUUAAUAUUUAUAAGAUAAAUUAUAAUAAAUUCCAGCUUUUCACUGCCUCAUAGAAUCUAUGGUAUACAUUCUUACUAGAAAUGAUUAAAAAUGAUAAUGCAUUGUUUAGAAUAAUUGAUAUACAAGUAAAUUAUAUGAAAAAUUAUACGAAGUUUUCUAGAGCAAGAUUGAAUUUAUAGCAAUUUGUACAAAUAAUGAAAAUAUAGUACAGUGUUUAU